AUGUCUGGCGAGGCUUCGCGGCGUGUGCAACUUCCGCCACGCUCAGAAUACCGCAUCGAACUGGAUUCGAACGAGACCGUGGCCAUACGCUUUGUCUCAAAUGCACUUACAGGUCAUUAUGGAGAUGCAGAAGUGUUUGGCGCACCACUGGUAGCUGGUACCCAAGAGCGCUGGUACACCUUUGGCAAUGAGGCCAAAUUCGCCAUAUCCACCUGGGGCGGGGCUGAAAUUGAAAUCAUUGGUCAAGCCUCUACUGAAUAUAUGGCCGAUGAGCCGUCGCCUUUCUAUACCUAUGGUGCCAACUUGCACCUCAAUUUGGAACGGGCUCGUCUCCGUGCACGAGAGCAGCUACGUACAGAUCACUCGCUCUUGCAACAGCUUGAAGAAUUCGACGUUAACAUUCACAAGGUGCCACCAUCGUUUGAAAGCGAUGGCCCACUUGACCCCAGAGAUCCAUAUCGUGCCGCUGGACAAGGCCCGCGUGUGAUGGUCGUGGGUCCUGCCAGUGCCGGCAAGUCUACACUGAUCAAAUUCUUGGCUAACUAUGCGCUGCGUUCACCUGCUUUAGCGAGUGUAAAAGAAGGUGAAGAAGCAAAACGGCGCACGAGAGAGCAAGAGGGGCAUCAUGACGAUUCAGACGAAGAAGCUCAAAACGAGGAGGCCGGUGACAAACCGCUGAGUGAAAUCACGGGAUGGUGGCCCAUGAUUGUGACGCUAGACCCUGCAGAAGGCGCUGUGCCCAUACCUGGAUGUGUCAGUGCCAUCCCACUGAAUCCCACACCUUCCAACACUCUACCAUCCCCUUCGCCUGCUCUACCCUAUGGUGUGACGCCUGAGACCACCGGAGCCUUGCCUCCAGGUGUAUCUACGGUGCACAGUGUGAUGCCCCUCUCUUUAUGGAUGGGGAAACAAAAUGUGCGCGAGAAUGAGCGACACUCACGGCGCAUUGUCGACUGGCUAGCCUUCCAUAUCGAGAAACGCAUGGCCAAGGAUAUGCGAUCUCGAAUGUCGGGCCUUCUCAUUGAUACGCCCGGUGUGAUCACGGCGGAUGCGCGCACUCGCUAUGCUUUUAUCCAAUACUGCGUUCGCGCGUUGAAGGUGGACACUGUCGUCGUCGUAGGCCACGACAAGCUCAACUUGGAGCUCACCCGUAUCUAUGCUAACAUUCCGACUGGCAGUGCGCCCCAAAUUGUCAAGAUUCCUCGCUCGGGUGGCGCUGUGGAAGUUGAUGAGGUGUAUCAACAGAAGCUGCAUGAUCUUCAAAUUCGAUCCUACUUUUAUGGUAUGCCCCUGUGUCGACCGCGUGAGCUGAGCUCUGAGGAGAGUGGAGCGGCGGCAGCUUUGGGACUUGACGAGCCCUUGGGCGGGGUUCCUUCGCUGAAUCCCUACUCUUCCACGAUUCCCUUUGAUCUACUGCAGAUCUAUCGCGUUGGCCAAGACCGCGUGGCACCAUCCUCGGCACUACCUAUUGGAGCUGAGCGCGCUCUAUCUGAAAUGCAAGUGGUCAAGCUCGAUCCGGUAAACUCAUCAAGUGACUUGUCUAUGCUGCUGCAGUCUGUCUUGGCUUUGGUGGAAACUCCGCCACCUAGGGAGGGUGCAGAUGGGAAAGCGGAAGGAGAAUACACCGAUGACGAACUGUUGGGCGCUAGUCUGCUUGGUUUUGUGCAUGUGUACGUUGUGACUCUCCGGCUUACUUGA